CUAAAUAUUCCAAUUUAGAGCAAUAUUUAGUUAAACAAGUUAAUAACGUAAUUAUUUUAGAGUCUAGUCCGAGUGGUUUACAAAAGAAAGAAGAUAUUCAGAUGUGUGUACAGAGUUUGCAGGAUUUGUGUGUCCAAGAAAAUAUCCUUUUCUCAAAAGAAGAAUUUAUUCAACUCACAAAUCUCAGACCUAAAACUGCGGUGGAAAUACAAUUAUUAAUUGACAACAGUGAGGAAAGGUUAACUGAAGACCAAGUGGAGAAAAUUCUAGAAAUUAUCAGCACUACUCUCCCCGGACUAGAAGAAGAAGAGGAAGAAGAAGGUGCAGCAGAGGGGGAAGGAGAACAAGAACCAGAAGAAGAAUCAUGAUAAUUAAAUUUUUAUAUUAUUUUCAGA